AUGGCGUAGGUAAUUUAUUUUCAAUUUGUUUAUCCGACAAAAUUACGUGACGGGUACGAACUGGCCGUGAAGACCGAAGUUACGUUGAUUGCCAAACUUCAACGCCGAAACCUCGUUCGACUUCUGGGUUGCUCCAUUGGAGGAGAAGAGAAGAUGCUAUUUAUGAGUACACAGCUCAACAAAACCUUGGAUGUGUUUGCUAAAGGGCCAGCUACGUCUGUUUAG